AUGGCCGCUAAAUCUGAUGGUACACUCGUUUCUCGGCGAAAUGAAACACCACCCGAGUGCCCAUGUGUUCCAGACCAGCGUUCCCCCCAGUGCCGUCCCGCUGGGAGACGCUACUCUCUCCUCGAUUGCUUCUGGACACUGUGUGCCCUUUUGGUAUUCUUUUCGGACGGCGCAUCUGACCUGUGGCUGGCUGCGGACUACUACCUCAGGCGAGACUACUGGUGGUUUGCACUGACACUGGUCUUUGUGGUGGUUCCAUCUCUGGUUGUACAGGUGCUGAGUUUUAGAUGGUUCGCCUAUGAUUACUCGGACACCGUGGAGAGUGAUACAGCAGCAGCCGCGGUGGUGGCAGCAUCGGGUGCCGAGAGUAAUUUCAGCACUAAGGACAGCGACCGACAGCGGGGCGCUGGCCGCACUGCUGCGGUCGGGGUAUCGCCUGCCACUGGCACCAGGGGAGGUGCCCAAGGCUGCUGCAGAGUUUUAAUGUGGUUCUUUCAAUCAAUCGUGCAUAUCUUCCAGCUUGCCCAAGUUUGGAGGUAUGUCCAUGCUCUCUACUUGGGGGUGCAGAGUCGCUGGCGUGGUGACCACGAGCGCCGUCACUUCUACUGGCGCAUGAUGUUUGAGAGUGCUGACAUCAGCAUGCUGCGACUGCUGGAGUCCUUCCUGAAGAGCGCCCCCCAGCUGGUGUUGCAGCUCAGUAUCAUGAUCCAGGCCAGUCAGGUCCUCCCCCUCCAGGGUCUCUCUGCCUCAGCCUCAUUGGUGUCGUUAGCCUGGAUGAUUGCCUCUUAUCAGAAGGCUUUGAGGGACUCCAGAGAUGACAAGUUUCCAAUGUCCUACAAGGCAGUCAUCGUACAAAUUCUCUGGCAUCUGUUUACCAUUGGCGCUCGCACAAUGGCCUUUGCACUGUUUGCCUCUGUGUUCCAGCUUUACUUUGGGAUCUUCAUUGUGGCCCAUUGGUGCAUAAUGACAUUUUGGAUCAUCCAAGGCGAAACAGACUUCUGCAUGUCCAAAUGGGAGGAGAUCAUCUACAACAUGAUGGUGGGGAUUGUGUAUGUGUUCUGCUGGUUUAGCGUGAAAGAAGGACGAACACGCUGCAGACUAUUCAUCUACAGCAUGGGUGUCUUUGUAGAGAAUGUGGUGCUCACCACAAUUUGGUACCUGUAUCGUGGCCAGCGCACCUCAGACUUUUAUGCUGUGAUCUUGGUAUGUGUUGUAGCCAGCAGCUAUGCUUUGGGAACCUUCUUUAUGUUUGUAUACUACUGUCUGUUACACCCUGACGGCCCUAUCUCAGGUUGGGGCUUUGUGGUGGAGGAGGAGGUGGUUGUGGGGUCCUGUGCCUCCCCGACCUCCACUCUCCCACCUGAUGUUGUGAGCACCCCCCCCAGGACCCUCCAGAGAACUAAAGGGGGUGACCGAGAGGGGACGGGUGUUGAUGGGGAUGUGUUUCAGGUACGGGCGCUCAGGGCGGCCCCAGCUGCUCUUCCCAGUCUUGCCCCCUGGUCUGAAGGGCCAGUCAUACGCAUCGACUUGCCCAGGAAGAAGUACCCUGCUUGGGAUGCCCACUUCAUCGACCGCCGGCUACGCAAAACUAUAUUGGUGCUCGAAAGUGCUGCUCCAGUGACGCCAAGGAUCCAGUACCGAUGUCUAGGCUCACCCAAGGAGGUUAUGGAGUAUGAAACCACUGUGUGA